CUCCAUAUACGAUCCGCAACAAAGCUCAGCAGAAACUCACACGAUCAUGGCACGCUACCAGCUCAUUGGCUCGCUCCUUCUCCUGGCCAUCUUGGCCGUCAGCUGUGGGGCACAGGCGCCAUCUCGCCGUCUUCGAUUUGGUCGCCUGCGGCAGGUGUCCUUCGCCAGGCAGGAGGUGCUGCCCACUCCAUACCCUGCGGCGGCUGAUCUAAAACCAGCCCCAGAAGAGCCAGCACUCACCUAUGGAGCGCCCCAGGAUGCCGAUAUUGAUCUGAAUGAGAAUGCAAAUGCCUUGCCAGAGGAUAACUUUGAUCCGAACCCCGAGGCCGAGGAAGUCGACACCGAGGAGAGCUCCCUGGAGGUUACCACCCCAACGGUUGCCUCAGCUCCUGCCCGCCUGCGAAGCCGCCAGAGAUUGGCCAAGCUCAAGGUGGCCCCCGCCAAGCGGCAGCGUCAGCGCACGUCCCGCCUCGAGGAAUUGCCAGUGGAGGAGGCUGUCGCCCCCCUUCCUGCUCUGACCGCACCCCAGGUCUACUAUGUCGGAGCCCAGCAGCAACCCUACAUCCUUGCCUACACUGCAGCUCCCCAGCAAUUUGGCUGGUAAAUCUCACGUGAACUAGAAUUGAUUGUUAUGCAUCUUUUUUUUUUGUGAUUAGAAAUAUACAAUAUGUUUGGUAAUGGAAUAAUUCGAUUAUGAUCUUGAUGGGAGCUAAGGGGAUAUCCAAUAAAAUGUUUAGGGCAAAACAUGUAUGACCAUGAAGAAGAGCUAGAAAUCUGAAUAUCCUGAAAUCAUGAAGGGAUUCACUUCACUUUCUAGUUCCCAUGCACCCAUAAGGCUAAUUUUACCGAACAAUAGUCUCCACUUUCCCCGCAGCAUCACUCAAAGCAGAGGCUUUUCCGCUUACCACAACAUAUUGGCCUUUAACAAUAGCUCACCUCAGCCUCACCUUUUGCUUGUACUGCUGGCUGCUCCUGAUAGCUUCUCUCUCGACAUCCUCCACGUUCGAGCUGCCUUUUCAGCGGUUGAAGGGUUUCUUCUUAUACGCACACUUUGCCUGCGAUUUGUUGCUCUUUUACCUGCUUUUGUGCUACUCUGUUCAAUGCAUUUUUAAUGCCUUUCCCUUAAUGUUUCUCCCCCAUGCUUUUCCCCAUGCUUUUGAGCCUCAUAUGAGUACAAGUACGGGUACAGGGCUCUGAUUAGAGCUGUGUGUUAUGUAAGCGAUACAUACUUUUCAUUUUAUCGUGAAGUA